AUGGCUCUGCCCAAGGUAAGAGCGGCUGCAUGCCAUUUCGCGCCAAUGAUUUUCGAGGCCAGGAAAUCAUGUGAAAAGGCAAUUGGCCUUAUCCAUGAAGCAGCUCACAGAGGUGCCAAUCUGGUCGUGUUCCCCGAGUCAGCUAUCCCCGGAUUCCCCAUAUGGUCAGCCUUGUUACCACCGACCAGAACACAUGACUUUUUCCAGCUGUUUGCACAAUCGUCCCUCCUCAUAGACGGCGAGGAGAUCUCUGCCAUCCGCCAUGCAGCUGCCAAAAGUAAGGUCAUUGUCAGCCUCGGAUUCUCCGAAAAAGUGCGCUACAGUACUGGUACUCUUUUUAAUACGAAUAUACUCAUAGGUGAGCAAGGCGAGCUACUCAUUCAUCAUCGAAAAUUAGUGCCGACAUUUUUCGAGAAGCUAAGCUGGUCCCCUGGUGACGGCUAUGGUCUACGGGUUGCCAACACUAAAUUCGGCAAGAUCGGGGCUCUGAUCUGUGGUGAAAAUACAAACCCCCUGGCGCGCUAUGCUCUCAUGGCCCAGGGAGAGCAAAUACAUAUCUCGACUUGGCCUGCCGUCUGGCCUACAAGAGAUCUCCACGGGUCUGUCCAAGAUAAUGCUGCUGAGCCUCCAAGUUCUACGUCCAAGCCGAGCACAAAUCGCCAUGAUGGUCAGGGACAGGGUAGACCCGAUCAGACAGUUGGAAACUUAUCUGGGACGCAAACCGAAGAGGUAGACAGAGCUUUUGCUACCUCGAACUAUGAUAACACAGCAGCAAAUCGUACACGGGCAGCAGCCCAUUGCUUCGAAGCAAAAUCCUUCGGGAUUUCUUGUGCAGGUCAUCUCGACCAAGACAUGGUCAGCCGACUGACAGAGUUGGUAGGCGAUGCAGAUGGCCUGAGGAUAAAGAAGACGUUAGACAUGUCGCAAAGAGCAACAACUCAAUUCUUCGAUCCGACUGGCAGACUGCUACAGAGUUUCAAUUACAAUCACUCCCACGAUAAGACAGAUGGUGUGAUAUCCGAUGAGACUCCUCACCAUGAAAUUCAUUAUGCCGAUUUGGACUUGAAUCAGUGCGUCGAAGGGAAACAGUAUCAUGAUGUGGUGGGUGGGUAUCAAAGAUUCGAUGUAUUCUCGCUCACGGUCAACCGGCAAAGAAGUGAACCAGCAACAUUUGUUGAUAGUGGUCUAAAGACAUCAGCAUCACCAAGCCGCGGAGCCGUCCCAAACGGGCAUCCAACGGAAGCCCAACUGGGCAUCAAUAUCGGAAAUGGAUCGGCUAACUCCUAG